AUGUCAUUGGCAUCCGCUACAGGAGGGGCUAACCCGAAAAGAUUUGAUUCACUGUACAGUACGAUAGUGGACCCUAAUGUACCCAUUUCAGAGAAAUUGCAGUUGCUGAAUAGAUUCAAAGGCCACGUUAAGAAAGAGUUUGUAGACGUGCAGUCAACGCCGUCAUACUUCAAGGCGCUUCUGUACGUUUAUCCUCAUUUCCAAGAUUCGGUCGAAAUGAUCACUUUCUCGCAUUCUGCAUUGUGCUAUCUCAUCAAAAGAGUGGCAUACCAAUCCCCUAACACCAUCCAAAACAACAAAAAACUGAUAUACGAUCUUCUGAGUUACUUUAUAGACGUGCUCAAUAGGAUGGAAAAGAUGUACCCUCACUUAGAAAAAAAGACUUGGUUUUUGUCAAAUAAAGCGAUAGAAACAAUGUAUCUGGUCGUGCCCCUGUACGUCGAAGAUUGCGUGGCUAAUCUGUUCACACAGUUAUUGAAGACAUCGAUGCCCAAACUGAAGUUUCUGCUGCUAAUCAUUGACGAUCUGACAGGGAUAAAUUUACAGGGGAAUUCAAACGGUAACUCAGCGACGUUUCUCAAACUGUUUAUACCGAACUUCCUUACUUUACUAAAAGACAACAGCUUGGAUGUUACGCGAUAUAGAAACAUAGUAGAAUUGAUAAAGGAUCUGCUGACAAAAUAUGUUGACGCAGAUACACUCGACCAUUUCACGAAACAGCUAAAGGGAGACAAUAUAAAAGCGCUUUUCGAUGGAACUGUAGGAGAACAGAAGCAGGAGGGAGAAGUGGAUGCGGUGUCACAGCAGACUGCGGGGAGACCACAAUCUCAAAACAUUUUCGACCUGGAUAUGGAGUUGCAUUUGGUUUUGAACGAGUACAAGUCGCCACAGGUUUCAAGUCUGAAUAGCACACCGAACACACAGGGCAAGAAGCCAAGCACCUCAAUGGCAAAUCUAACUUUUGAAAUAACACAGCUGCUAGUACCAUUCCAUUCCUCAAAGGAGACGGAACAAAAUUGGCGACAGCGACAAGCCAACAUUACAACCCUCAGGGAAAAAAUAUCCUCAAACAAUAAUUUGAUUCUAGCGAACGCAGAGGCAUUCGUCUCAGCAUUGAAGGAUUGCAAUUUCAUCGAAAAGAUUUCCAAGGCAGUGUUGUCCUUGAGAACGUCACUCUCCGUAAACGGUUGUCAACUAUUGAAGGAUUUGUUCCAAAUAUUAGGAGACCACAUGACCAUCACAUUGAUUGACCAAUGCUUCCUGAUCCUUAAGCCUCUGUUAUCAUCCACCAAAAAAAUCUCAUCUUCUAUGGCCUUCCACUGUUUCGUCACGCUUUUCGUCCAUAUCAACGAGUUCCAUAACAAACUAUUCCAAAAUGCAUUCAUGCUGAUUAAUGAGAAGACUGUAAACCCUAGGAACUCCUCAGCAAUAUUCUUGAGAAUAUUCAUUCUCAAAUUCAAUGGGACAAAACAUAUAGAAAACAACCUGCUUUACAUCGAGGAGUGGUUAAAGAAGGGUUUAGCUGACGCUCAAACGGUAGUAAGAGAAUCAAUGAGAUCCACAUUUUGGUAUUUCUAUAAAUGCUACCCUCAAGAGGGGAAGUCCAUUAUAAACAAACUGACAACUGUUCAAACGAGGAAGUCUCUGGAAAGCUCUAUACCGGUACACUUGAAUAUCGAAUACACAAAGACAAAUUUCGGUCAGAUGUCAUCAAACAAUUCCAGAAGGUCAAGCUUAUUGGGAAAUCACUUCCAAUCGAACGGGCCCAAUGCGACGACAGGGAAAAAUAAAAGAAUGUUCCCAAGCUAUGCACAGCCUACUCAGGCUUCUCAAAAAAUAAAUGGCCAAAACUUAAGAUCAACUAGUGACAAUAUUGGCAACACGAGUAACGAAACAAAUGUUUUGAAAAAAUCAAAGACCAAUGGAGGCAACGCAAUGUCCACUAGGAAAGUUAGUGCGCCGCCAGUCAUAAAGCAGCAGAGUAUCUGGCGCGAGGAUGCAAACAACAACCAGUUUGAUCUCACAGACGAGCUUAAAAGCCCAACAGAUAACUCGCUUAUUAAAAAAUAUUUGCAUGACGAGAAAAACAAAGACGUCUUCUCGGACUUACAGAGCCAUCUGUCACAUAUUGAAAACCUUCUUCAGCAAGAUCCGACCAAUACACAUGAUGCAUUGAAACAACUCUCAACAGUAUUCGACAGUCAAACAGAAUGCAGGGUCAAUAUUACGGCACUGGUACCUGGUAUCCGUAAGCUCAUGCUGAAAAAUCCUCAUCAAUUUGCGGAACUGGCAGGAGCUGCAAACUUUCUUCGUUCCAUUCCUUUGGCAUAUUCAAUCGAAUUAUCUGCUAUUCUUGGUUUGGCACCAAAUAUUAUUUUGAGUAACUUCCAGGGCAACAACUCAACUGAACUCACUAGCACUAUUUGCGACAUAUUCAGCUCUCUAACGUCGAUUAACGCUUCUCAAAACGACUCCUUGUUUUACAUGAAGUACAGAGAUACAAUUUUCAACUUCACAAUGGAAACUUUGUCAGGUUUACUGUCAGGUUUCAAUGCAUUUGGGUUUAACCUACCCAUCCCCGAAUACGAAAAUUUACUAGCAAAAACUUUCCUCAUUUAUGGAAGUGAAUUCAAUACUAAACUCUACUUUGAUUUAUUAUUCGACCUAUACCAGUACAAAAAAGACAGUUUUGAGAAAAUGCUCAUGAAUCUGAAUUUGGUUUCUCAGAGAUUAAAGAUAUACCAAGAAAUACAUUCUAGAGACCCCAACUUCCAAUUGCCUAAUCACAGUGAUACCAUUAAACUUGACAGCGACGAUGGCUUCGAAAUCAAAAAGUCGAUGGAGAUGACUAUGGUUAACCCCUUCAACGAAACUCGCUCAUUGAGCAAUGGAAGUGUGGUUCACAAUUUUGACAAUGUAGACAUCAACGAAAACACCACGGAAGCAAAACUGUCCGGAAUGACCCGAGUCAUUAGCGUAUAUCAAGAUACAGGAACAAACAAAGAAGCCGUUUCGCCUGUGAAAGAGGAGAGCGAAGAGGAGGAAGUCAAAACAACGCCUCCAAAAAUAGACCUGAGUGGCAUUUUCAACAAGAACAAGCAGAUUAAACAAGAGGGGGAUGGCGAGGUACCAGGAGAAGAAAUGGACCAUACUGUGAAAUUUAGUCUGGCUCCUCCUCAAGUUAUCAACGACGAGUUAGCUAAGGAAAACCAAGGUUAUGUGACCGAAACUAAAAAGUCGCCAAACGUCAAGUCUCCUAACCCAACUAUGCCAUCAAUAUUAACUGAGUCAAAUCAAAACAGCGAGCCAUUUAUCAAGAAAGAAAAUGAAAAAAUGGACAUCCCUCAUUUUACUGAUUGUCCUCCGGGGGUCAGCCGAAUGCUGGCAUUAAUUCCAUACGACUCAUUAUCAUCCUACCUCCAUUUUAGCUUGCUAGUAGGUAGUUUGCACCACGCUUCUAUGUCUCCCUUAGAAAAGAUAAAUAUCCAGUUCAGUCAUUUGCAAAAGGCAAUUGGUAGAAUAAGAAAUGGUUCGUUUACACCAAAACAUCUGACGUAUCUUGUAGAGCCAUUUCUUUCUCAUACAGCAUCCAGCGAGCAGUUUGUCCAAUGGCUAGAAAAAGGUAGUGGAUAUACAACCUUACUGGAAAUAUGCCUAGUACUGCUCAAAUCCACGGAUGAAACCGUACAGAUUCCAACCAAUAUGAUAAGCAAAACAAUUUUGCUGGCCCAAUGCUUGUUUUACAUGAGGAAUGAACUGAAGACAAAUGAUUAUGCAUCACUUCAUUUGUUAGAUCAAAUCUGGGAACAGUUGUGUUCGAUUACAGACAAGGUUGCUAAUCACGACAACGAAAUUCACACUCUACUGGUGGAAACCAGGCGUCUGCUAGCAAAUGUUGGGUAUUUUGAUUUGGGCGCCAUCACAAAAAUAUUGGGCCAGCUGAAUUUUGCUUCAAGUAAUUUGAAAGACAAAUUCAACAAAAAUGAAUCCUUCGCAACGGACCCAAAAAGCGGUGCAAGAGAGACUUUCUUACUUGGAGCUAUUGUCGACAUUCUUUCGAUGCGAGAAAGCCUUGUGGAUUCGAAAAAUUACCUUUCUCAAUUAUCCGACAUUGUACAAGCAAUGGUAUACUUUGUUUCUGCACAAUCUACAGAGUGGCGACACGAAAGCUGCAAGGUCCUCGCUCGUGUUUACAAGCUGUCCUGCAUGCAAAGCGAAAUAAAGAGUGGCGACAUCAGUACAAUAUUCAGUCCAUUGGAUAAACAGACGUACGACCUGAUCAGAUUCAUGGAAUCAAGAAACUAG